AUGCAAGUUCAUUAUCGCGCACACGUUGGGGUGGAUUCCUCUAGGGAAAAUGUCGACAGCCAUUCCGUAGAGAAUGCCGUUCCUUCGUCUUGCCCUUUGUGCUCCUCGCAUGUUGGAUCAUGGGAUCAAUUCUACAAGUGCAUUAUGGAGCACCUUACUCCAAUCAAACCCAGCUAUCCUACCCCUCAAACAAGCGAGGAUUUCGGCUUAAGUAGUCGAAGUGGCAGUGACCAACGUCACGGAGGUUCAAGCCACUCUUUUAGUUUUAAUUCCGCACCCGAUUCAAAUCCACCGGAGGAUCUAUUGUUUUUAAGCCAGGAGGUGUUUGAUCAGGUAUCUGAACAAGUCCCAUGUCGAUUGACGGGGAAGAUUGAGGAUAAUCCCGAGCGGGAGGAUAAUCAGGGUUCAUGUCGACAAGUCCCCUUGGACGACGCAUCAGAAAGAGAGCCUGAUCAAAAGGACCUUCCGUCUGAUAUUUCCAUGCCCCCAGCCAAAAAACGCAAACUUGGUACCAAUAAAAUCGACAAUUCUGAGACUAAACCGGCAAUGAAAUCAGAAAAUGAGAAUAAGUAUAACCUCGCACAUUCCGAAUCUCAGAUAUCCAGUGCCGAAUCCAACGAUUCUGAGUUGGAGCCCCUUUCACUCGAGAGCUCGAUGAAAACGGAAAUCACUCAGCCAUCUCAAGAUGGUAGCGAUGCUGCACAUUCUGAACCGCAACAAUCAGAAGAGUUGGACCAUCUCUUGAACCCUGCUGUGUAUUACGAGAAGUUAGACGAACUGGAAGCCCUAAUUGCCAUGAAGUUUAAUAUCGAUUCUGGUCUCCGCACACACAUAUUGACUGAUCCGGAAAUACGGGAAACCUCCAAAGAAAGCUCAUUUGCACUUGAGGAUGCAAAAAUCGGCUUUCUAGACGCACUUGCCAGUACCGAGCGUGCUAUUGGCUGUUUGAAUUCCGAAGGGUUUUGCGGAAGCACAUUUUCAAUCCUCGUGAAAGAUCAGUUUCGUUCGCAGGUUGCCAAAACCGUCCAUAUAUCCCUUGAAGAUAUAGACUGCUCCAACAUUACUUCUCCAGAGCAUGCUAUCGCUCUUUUUGACAAGAUUCUCGGCUACGAAGAAGACAAGCAGAACGGUAUGAAACCACCACACCACCUGAUCUAUAACUUCCUUCAAAAUCUUCUACCACUCGCACUUGUUUCAUUCUCUGGCUCCCAUGUUUGCCGGUUUGACAUAAACUUAUGGAGUGAACAUCAUGACGAGAUUCCAGUUGGGCUUGACUUCUCAUUCCAAUCUCAAGAAUUGGCUUGCCUGAAGGAUUUCAUUGGGGGUCCUGCUUGGGUCCUUGGAAAAGCCGGAGAACAAGAAGUACAGACUGGCUUAAAAGUGUCUUUGACGGUUCAAGAUCUUCAAGAAUUGUGGGGUCCAGUUUGGCUUGUGGGAGGGACAGCAGAUGAAGGCCCAAUCAUCCGAACAGAGCGCGGCUUCAUUACACCUUUGCCACGAGAUGAACAACAUUCAAACUUCGAGGAAUCCGGCGAAAUUGACUGUCACUGGACAAAGGAUGUACCCGAAUACAUCGACAGAGAGGAGCGAAUUUUGCUAAAUGGCAACUCUCGGAUCCUGAUCGGCAGUGACCCCUGGGAUGCUGGCGGACUUGCGGUUAAUCUGAACUGCGAAUCCCGGAUAAAUCAUAUACAGCAGCAGAUUUCACACCAAUUUCAAUUUCCAGGAACCUGCAAUGAUUGCUACAGGGUCGAUGGCCAUGACAUACAGCUCACUGGAGGUCAGUACGUCAAUGCGGGAGUUAUCAUUAAACGAAAGCGAGUUCCAGGAAAGACGCACAAGGACAGGUUGCUUUCGACGUGUUGCAAUUCCAAAAUUGAUAUACGCCCUCUCAUGAAACUUCGAGUUGGAUUGGAAAUAAGUGCCUGCACUGGAAAUGCUCAGCGGAUUACUCUCUGGGAUGCCUUGCGUCUAUCCCAGACCAAGGAAAAGACGGGGAAGGCUCGGGCUUGCAAUCACCAAAUUUCGGACCCAAGAUGUAUUGAAUUGUGUUGGACUAAGCUUGAUUUCAGUGACACAAAACCACCAGAUCUACACGACAUCUCAAUGAAAGAAAAGGCGGCCCCCAGACAUAAUGGCUUCGAUUCUCUCAUCGACAAAAGUCCCCAAGAAAAUUCUUUCGCCAAAGAUGAGAUUCGCCAGGCCAUUGUCUCAUCAAUACAAGGGCUAGAAUAUACAGGAAUCGAUGCCGAAGGCAAUCUCCAAGCCUAUUGGCCUUUCUUGGGGACUCCGACAAAUCGUCGCAUCGCUCCAACCCGCUUCAACAAAUGGAUGGACAUCUUGACUGAUACUCGUGACAUGUCUACAUUCGCUGUUGUUAGCCAAAGAUGUCUCAACUUCCGAGAAGGAUGUACUGGACUUCCUUGGGAGAUCUGUCCUCAAAGCUACCGAGAUCCGAUCCAAAAGACAUGCCUCGCACUACGAGUUGUGCCUCGACCCAUAUCUGAACGGGCAAGGCCAGCCAGGCGCUUCAAAUUUGGGCUUUCAACCCCACCAGACUCUUCUCUGACGGAACUCGGCCCUGGAUCGGCAUUUCGCAUUGGGAAAAGGAAACUUUACGUGAAGAAGUCGUGGCAAGGCCAGCAGGUCAUGGUCGCAUAUACCAGUUCCAAGUUCGACAUUAGUUCAAAAUGGACGGGAGUUUUGGACUUUCACGAGCAACUAGAUCCGGAAAUUAAGGAGCUAGAAACCGUUGAUGUUAUUAUCUGUUCGAAGGAGUAUGGUGACAGUUGA